UCACCACCGGCGCAGCCCGCAUCGUUAACCGACACCAACCAACCGCCCCCACCGCCCCAGUCGCCUCCUGGGGACUCCAGCGGCUCUCUGAGUGUGACGGACGACAGUGGCGGCGGGCAGACCUCCAAGGCGGUCGCAAUCACCGUGACGGUGGUGAUUGCGGUGGCGGUGCUGGCCGUCGUGCUUCUGCUGCUGCUGUGGGCGUGUCGCCGGCGCCCUUCCGCGGAGGCCGCACCACCUGGGGCCGCUGCGGCUGCUAGUGAUGCUGCUGGUGCUGCUACCUACAAGGGGCGUAACAGCACCCUCCCGAAACCACCCCCGUUGGGGCCUCCGGGGCCCGCUUCUAAAUACUCUGUAUACGGACCUACGGCGGCGCAUUGUACGGCAGCAGCUGCUGCUGGGGACGGCA